AUGUCGAAGCCAGUGUUUGUUGAGGAGCUGCAUACGGAUGUGGCUGAUGUCGUCGCAUUUCACCCAACGUUCGACGUAUUCACACAGCAUCUGCAAGCUGCUGGCUAUUCUUCAGCGGAUUGCACGUUUACCUUUGGCGGCCGUGAAGUUACUCUCAAGGAGAAUUCAUGGCCCUUUUUUGUGCACCAAUACCAAACAGACAGCAAGACAGCUUUGCACGUGUCUCGUGUCACUCGAGUGACUCGGCGCUUCGCGUCGUCCUCAGCCCAGCCACAAGGUGACCAAGCUGUAGACCCAGACGUGCCCCUCCCCAAGAAGGCAAAGAGACCAGGAGAAACGCACAAGGCUGUCACCCUUGCGCGCGCAGUGCUGCGAUCCCGCGCCCACGGAGUGAAAAUCAUGGGCGGAGACUACGCGUACGAACUGUCCAAAGCACAGCUUACAAUCGGCACACACGAGUGCGUGUUUGUACAACUUGUUGCUGAUGCACUCUUUGAACACGAUGCCAUGCGAAGGACGUGGUCUUUAGUACGCGACAAGCUGGUGGUCAUUCCAGUGAUGCGCAUACCAGAGUGGCAAACGCUGGUGGCAGCCAAGCACAAGUUGGAAUGCGAUAUCCCCGUUGCGGUCGCCAUGGCAGAUCUAUCGGCACAGUUCACGUGGCACGACGGAGCAUCACAUAUGGUGCAACACCUUGAGGUACUGGCUUGCGAUGGGAUGGCAACUCAACGCUCUCCGGACACACCUGUGGACACGCCUGCAGAGCCGUCAUCAUCCAGCGUGACCACGUUGCAUGUGACAGAUCCGCAUGAGCACGGUGCAACCCUGGACCCGGAUGAACACACUGAUUCAGGCCAGGCCCUACCUGUUCUUGCAAAACAACGUGCGGAACGGAUUCAGAAGAUUGGCGACCUUCAGCAGUUCAGCGACAUGAAAAAGGCGCGAGAUCAUGCCAGCACUUGCACCAACAAGACAGCGAGAUCCGGGCCAGGCACGUCCUUGCAAGACAUUCGUGUCUCACUGGCACGUGUUAGAAAAGCACAAGAUACGCCGAGCAUUGACACUGCACAGUUGACCAAGUUCAUCGAUUGCGAACAAUGGGCUGAAGCUGGACCACCAACAGCAGAUGAUAUUGAGCAGUCAUAUGGGGGCAUGUGUAAUGCGCUCGAAUUGUCGCUAAGACUUGGCAUCCUCCCGCACGAUGAGAAGUGGACGGUGCAGUGUCCUGCCCGAUUGCAGUCAACUACACAUCUCACCUUCGAGGGCCUCAACAGUGAUGGAUUCAGAGUCGAGUCAGCUUACCUGGCAGCAGAGCUGUUGAUGGCAGAUAUUCCUGACGCGGUUACAGCUCACCAGCUCUAUCCGGACCCAAUUGACUACAAGUCGUCCUCAUCUGCCACCCGUUCCCCUUAUUCCUUCAUCACAUCGACGUGCAUCGGGAUGAAAUACGAUCUUGUUGUCGACAAUGAAGUAGCUUUCCUCGUGAAGCGCUCCGAUCCUUCAGUUCGCACUGAAACAUCAGCUCGUGGCGUAAAGAGCGCAUGCUUACUCAGUGGCACAUCAAAUUGGCUGCUGUUGUGUUCCACGGGAAUCCUCAAGAUGUCACACACAGGAAAAAUCACCACGUUGAAAGUCGAGAGCACCCUGUCCACGCUAGAUCAUAUCCACUUCCAUUCUGCAAGCGAAGGGUUGGCGGUGUCAGGCAAGGCGGUUGGACGCUGUGUUAUUGAAGGAGAUACCAUCCGUGUUACGGAUGUUGAGCUCUUCUCAAUCACGAUUCGAGAAGCUGUCAGGUGUGGAGACAUGAUUUACUUAGCGACAGACAAUGGAUUGAUGAAGUGUCAGGACGAGCAGCAGAGCACACCAUUUAUGGAAAAAAGAAAGAAGGACUGCACGCUGCAGGAAGCAAUAGCACACGUCCGUGAUGUGCAUGAAUACACGGUUGACCAAUACGAGCAGCAACUACAAAUUACCGCAGGCACUUCAAGCCCGGAGUCACUGCAAGGGCCAGGUGACAGAACAGCGUCAAAGGAGCUCUAUGCACGGGUCAGAGAAGUCAUUGGCGACAAAACAGUUGUGUCGCGGAUCCGAGGACUCAAGAAGCAGCGACCUGGCACAAAACCAGCCCUGAGAACUCAAGUGGAAUUUCAGAGCGCGUCUACAGGACUACAAAGGACGACAGACGACGACGACAAGGACAACGACAGCACCCUAGUUAACACUUCAACGACCACUGUUCCUGAAGCUGACGAUGAGGAUGAUGAUGGUGGCUUGAACGACAGUACCGUGUCCUUGAGCGCGUGCCAUCACCGUCAGGCCGCUGACAUUGUCAUCACCGCUGUCAGACGGUGGUCGGUGCCAUGCACGAGCAUGGAGACAGUGAGCCAGCUCGUGGUCUCCAGCGUGGUGGCUGGAAUGUGCACUGAGGGCUGCACUGGCACGUCGUGCACGACAGCUUCUCAUCCCACUGACAGCCACGGGCAUUGCACCUUUGCUGCCAGCACGUGGCCCCACCUCAACCUGCCACAUCAUCAUCACUGCCAUCCGUCACUGCACGCUGCCGGUUUCAAGCAGCUCACUGCGCUGGACGCUGUUGGCUCGUGGACCACCACACCCGGCAGCAAGGAGGCGGCCAUCGUGUUUCUGGUUCGCAUGCAUGUGCUGGCCAACGUGGCGCAGGAGCGGUUCUUGGACUACGACAACGACUCUGUGCCGUUUAUGAAGAACAUUCUCCAGCACGCGAACGACAGGCAAUACCGCAUGCUGCGCGGCCUGUGGGCGUGUUUGUUUGCAAGGACAUCCAGCGCCGCCCAGAUUGAGGAGGAUGAUCCACAACCCACAUACAUCCACACAAGGGUGCCCGGCUCCCGCGCAUCCCCCAACUCCGGCGCGACCGAGAACUGCAUCUCCGUCUUUGUCAAGAUUGCACAUGGCCUCUCAGAGAUGCUGACACAUCUGCUUGACUGGCUGUCUAUUACAGAAGACGACGAUGAGGCAAAGUACAUCUUCACAUGCCUCGUCGAGGUCCUCCAAGCUCGGCAAGAUCCACGCGUGACCGCGCCUGAGAGCCCGGUGAUUGGCACACCCGCGGCCGCCGUCAACGAGCCCCACUGCCCAGGGCAUGUACACAGCCUCAUUAACAUGCAGGAUUCGCCUGCCCACGGUGUGUUGGGGCAGUUGAUGCAGGAUCCACAGGUGCACGCCCGCGUGCAGUGCGCUGUUGAGGCGCUUAGCUCGUCCGCGUAG